GGGCGGGAGGCGGCCGGAGCGGCUCUGACAACCCCAAGAAGUCCGUUUCGCUCCUCUCUUCCCCGAACCGAUUAGCCGGGACGGACGGAGUGAGGAGAAGGGGCUGCUGGAGCCAGACUUCGCGCUAAGUCAUGGCAGCCAUCAGGAAGAAGCUGGUGAUUGUGGGAGAUGGUGCCUGUGGGAAGACAUGCCUAUUGAUUGUUUUCAGCAAGGACCAGUUCCCAGAGGUCUAUGUACCAACAGUCUUUGAAAACUACAUUGCUGACAUUGAAGUAGAUGGGAAGCAGGUGGAGCUGGCCCUCUGGGAUACAGCUGGGCAAGAGGAUUAUGACAGGUUGCGGCCCCUCUCUUACCCUGAUACAGAUGUUAUUCUCAUGUGCUUCUCCAUUGACAGUCCAGAUAGUUUAGAGAACAUACCAGAGAAAUGGACUCCAGAAGUGAAACAUUUUUGCCCAAAUGUGCCCAUCAUUCUUGUGGGAAACAAGAAGGACUUGCGGAAUGAUGAACACACACGCAGAGAGUUGGCAAAGAUGAAACAGGAGCCUGUGAAGCCGGAAGAAGGCAGAGACAUGGCGAACAGGAUCAAUGCUUUUGGCUACCUUGAAUGCUCAGCCAAGACAAAGGAUGGAGUACGGGAAGUGUUUGAAAUGGCCACCCGGGCUGCCCUACAAGUCAGGAAGAACAAAAGGCGCAGAGGUUGCCCCCUCCUGUAGGAGAGCGUUGGCAAAAGAUGUGACCGUACUGUCUGAAGUGUGCGCCUCUUCCACAGAUUCCAUGGGAGAAAGCAUGGUGUCUAGAUAAAGGGAAGAGUACAAAUUUAACAUGCUAGUUGGCUGACUGCAGCCUCGCUCCUCUACACAGAAAAGGCCACCCAGAGUACCCAACAGAGGUGCCCAUAGGUCUUUCUUUGGGCAGUGUGUCUAUACUGUUGUUUUACAUGCUUGGAAAGUCAAGAGAAAUCUUCUGAAUCCUUUUUGUAAAGAUUUGUGUCUUGGGUAUAGGGCCAACAGUUUAUCUGAAAUAAUUCUAUACUUCUUGCUCUUUUAUACUAAUUCUACCAUUUGGUGCUUGUAUGGAUUUUCACAGCUUCAUGUCUUCACGAAUAAAGGAAGCAAGAUUUUUGGAAUUCUGCAAUAUAUGAACCUGGUGUACAAGCCAAUGUAUUUGCCAGUCUCCUUCCAUAACUUGCAAAGGCAAGGAGCUUGCCAAAAUGUUCAUCUGAAUGUCUGUGAAUUGGCCUCUGUUGUGUUUAUUAGUGUUCUCUAUCGUGCUUCUGUUUGAGGGGCAUUGGCUUGUGUUUUGACAAUACUGUAUUCUGUUCCUUGUUAAAUUAAUUGGAUCUUA